UCUGCGGCCACGGGCGGCAAAGCGGAUAAGUCGGGAUAGAAACUGGAAAAGCCGAGCGGACAGUCCUUUGAAAACGGGGACCUCAAGUGCAUAGGGAAACCGAAGAAACGCGAGUGCGGAAAAGCGUUGCAGUGCAAAUUGCGGACAGGCGGAAACCGCGUUUCGUUUACAUUGUCCAGGCAUCUCGAGUGUCUGAAUAUUUGAAAAAGCAUUCCAGCAUCGCAGCUGCCAAAUCAAUUCUCGAGUGAGCCUUUAAAAACAGCAAAUUGAAAUCGAAAUUAAAAACGCAAAAAACGAAAUCGAAAUCGCAAGCCGCAGAAACAAAAACCGAAAUGUGUCUCGGGAUAAUCGUCAUCGAAAUUGCAUUGCCAUUGCGACAUUAAAAUGCAAUUUGUGCCGGUCGGCGACUCCAGUUACUGUCAAACUGUUGCCUCUUUAGCGGAUUAAUAUUUCUGUAAAUACCAGCCAAAAAGAAAAACGCUCUGAAAAACAGAAAACUCAUCAGCAGCAACACAGUCAAACAUGUCGACCAUAAAGCUGCUCAUUAUCGGUCACCUUUGGCUCUCGAUUGGCCUGAUCUCCGGCGACGAUUCGCUGGACACGCGUGAGGGAGUCGAUCUGGUGCUCAAGUGCCGCUUCACCGAGCAUUACGACUCGACCGACUUCACCUUCUACUGGGCGCGAUGGACCUGCUGUCCCACAUUGUUCGAGAACGUGGCCAUUGGCGAUGUGCAGCUCAACUCGAAUUAUCGCUUGGACUUUCGACCGAGUCGGGGAAUUUACGAUUUGCAAAUCAAGAACACUUCUUAUAAUCGGGAUAAUGGACGCUUCGAGUGCCGAAUCAAGGCGAAGGGCACUGGUGCGGACGUCCAUCAGGAGUUCUACAAUCUGACCGUGCUGACGGCCCCGCAUCCGCCGAUGGUCACCCCAGGAAAUUUGGCAGUGGCCACCGAGGAAAAGCCCCUGGAGUUGACCUGCAGCAGUAUUGGCGGUUCACCGGAUCCAAUGAUAACCUGGUACCGCGAGGGCAGCACAGUACCGCUGCAGUCGUAUGCGCUGAAGGGCGGUUCGAAGAACCACUAUACCAACGCCACCCUGCAGAUUGUUCCCCGACGGGCCGACGAUGGCGCCAAGUACAAAUGCGUCGUCUGGAAUCGUGCCAUGCCCGAGGGUCAUAUGCUGGAGACCAGCGUCUCGCUGAAUGUCAACUACUACCCCCGCGUGGAGGUGGGUCCCCAGAACCCUCUACGAGUUGAACGCGAUCAUGUGGCGAAACUGGAGUGCCGAGUGGAUGCCAAGCCGAUGGUCAGCAAUGUGCGAUGGUCUCGAAACGGUCAGUACGUGAGUGCCACGCCCACUCACACCAUAUACAGGGUGAAUCGUCAUCAUGCCGGGAAAUACACCUGCAGUGCGGACAACGGCCUGGGCAAAACGGGCGAAAAGGAUAUCGUCUUGGAUGUUCUAUAUCCCCCGAUAGUGGUGAUAGAGUCGAAAACCCACGAGGCGGAGGAGGGAGAAACUGUUUUGAUUCGCUGCAAUGUCACCGCAAAUCCUUCGCCAAUAAAUAUUGAGUGGUUAAAGGAAGGAGCUCCGGACUUCCGAUACACCGGCGAACUUUUAACCCUCGGUUCUGUGAGAGCCGAGCAUGCUGGAAACUAUAUCUGCAGAUCGGUGAAUAUAAUGCAGCCGUUCGGUUCGAAAAGAUUGGAGGGUGUGGGUAAUUCCACGGUGGCCCUACUAGUUCGACAUCGGCCGGGUCAGGCGUAUAUAACCCCCAAUAAACCGGUGGUUCAUGUGGGCAAUGGUGUGACCCUGACCUGCUCAGCAAAUCCUCCGGGCUGGCCAGUUCCCCAGUACCGAUGGUUCCGUGAUAUGGAUGGGGAUAUAGGGAAUACCCAGAAAAUCCUGGCUCAAGGUCCCCAAUACUCCAUACCCAAAGCUCACCUGGGCAGCGAGGGAAAAUACCAUUGUCAUGCGGUGAAUGAGUUGGGAAUUGGAAAGAUAGCCACCAUUAUUUUGGAGGUCCAUCAGCCCCCUCAGUUUCUGGCCAAGCUGCAGCAACAUAUGACCCGAAGAGUGGGCGAUGUGGAUUAUGCGGUGACUUGCAGUGCCAAGGGAAAACCCACUCCUCAAAUCCGAUGGAUCAAGGAUGGCACUGAGAUUUUGCCCACGCGAAAGAUGUUCGAUAUAAGAACCACGCCCACGGAUGCCGGUGGUGGAGUGGUGGCCGUCCAAAGUAUCCUCCGAUUCCGGGGCAAGGCCAGACCCAAUGGAAAUCAGUUGCUGCCAAACGAUAGAGGUCUCUAUACCUGCCUCUACGAAAACGAUGUGAACUCGGCGAACUCCUCUAUGCAUCUGCGUAUAGAACAUGAGCCUAUAAUAAUUCAUCAAUACAACAAAGUGGCCUAUGAUCUUAGGGAAUCCGCAGAGGUGGUUUGCCGCGUUCAGGCCUAUCCGAAGCCCGAGUUUCAAUGGCAAUACGGAAACAAUCCCUCGCCCUUGACCAUGUCUUCGGAUGGCCACUAUGAGAUAAGUACGCGAAUGGAAAACAAUGAUGUGUAUACCUCUAUCCUGAGGAUAGCGCACUUGCAGCACUCCGACUAUGGGGAGUACAUUUGCAGGGCUGUUAAUCCCUUGGAUAGUAUCAGGGCUCCCAUAAGACUGCAGCCCAAGGGAUCCCCGGAAAAGCCAACGAACUUGAAGAUCCUCGAGGUGGGUCACAACUAUGCCGUCCUAAAUUGGACACCCGGGUUCAAUGGCGGCUUUAUGAGCACCAAAUAUCUGGUGAGCUACAGGAGAGUGGCCACACCUAGGGAACAGACCCUAGCCGACUGUUCGGGUCAUGGCUAUAUACCCAGUUAUCAGAUAAGCAGCUCUUCCAGUAGUUCCAACCACGAAUGGAUCGAGUUCAACUGCUUCAAGGAAAACCCCUGCAAACUGGCACCGUUAGAUCAGCAUCAGAGUUACAUGUUCAAGGUAUAUGCUCUGAACUCCAAGGGAACUUCGGGUUAUUCGAAUGAGGUUUUGGCCACCACGAAGGUCAGCAAGAUUCCACCGCCCUUGCAUGUGAGCUACGAUCCCAAUUCGCAUGUCCUGGGCAUCAAUGUGGCCGCCACCUGUUUGUCCCUGAUUGCGGUGGUGGAGUCCCUGGUCACCCGGGACGCCACUGUGCCCAUGUGGGAGAUCGUGGAGACCCUGACCCUUCUGCCCUCGGGCAGUGAAACCACCUUCAAGGAGGCCGUCAUCAAUCACGUGUCGCGCCCCGCCCACUACACCACGGCCACCACAUCGGGCAGGAGUCUGGGUGGUGUGGUGGGUGGAGUGGGAGGAGUGGUGGGUGGUGGCGUCCACCUGGGCGAGGAUCGCACCAUGGCCUUGGCGGAGACCGCCGGUCCUGGUCCAGUGGUGCGGGUCAAACUAUGUCUUCGGUCCAACCACGAUCACUGCGGAGCAUAUGCCAACGCGGAAAUUGGCAAGUCCUACAUGCCGCACAGCUCCUCCAUGACGACCUCAGCCUUGGUGGCCAUCAUCAUCGCCUCGCUUUCCUUCCUCGUCUUCCUGGCUCUCCUCUACGCCUUUUGCCACUGCCGCAGGAGACACGCCUCCAAGAAAGAAAGUGGUUCUGUGGGAGGAGGGACUGGAGGUGGAGGCACCGCUAACAGCGCCACAAAUCCAGGAUCCGCGGCAACCAAGGAGUACGACCUUGACUUGGACGCCAGCCGAAGACCCUCGCUGAGCCAGGAUGCCCAGCAGCAGCAGCAGCCGCCGCCACCACCCCCCUACUACCCCACGGGAAGUCUGGACUCCAAGGACAUAAGCAAUGGGAACGGCGGGAUGGAACUCACCCUCACCGCCCUCCACGAUCCCGACGAGCAGCUCAACAUGCAACAGCAGCAACAGCACCACAGCAACCACGGCCAGUACCAACAGCCCAAAGCCAUCCUGGGCAUCUAUGGUUCCAGCGGGGGGGGCUCCAGCUCCGGGGGCAACGGGGCAUCCGGGGGACCACAGCAUCCACAUUCGAACGGCUACGGCUAUCAUGUGACAAGUGCCAUCGGCGUGGACAGCGACAGCUAUCAAGUGCUGCCCUCCGUUGCCAACUCAGCAGCCGGAUCCCACGGACAUGGCAAUGGACAUGGACACGGACACGGACUGGGCGCCGGAGAGUCAGGACCACUUGAGGCGACACCAGCAACAUGCAACAUCAGCGGCGGCAGCAGCAACAUUAACCCAUUGCAGCAGCAACAUUCAGCACGCGCCAAUUUAACGAACCAACCCACCAUCGCCAUUGCCAACAACACCACCAACAAGAACAACUACAACAACAACGUCAACAACAACUACAACAACAGCACGAACACCACCACCAACAACACCAACAAUUGCACCACCACCACCCUGAAACGCAGCCAUUUGGGAAACAGAGAGCGGGAAAGGGAUGCCAGGGAAAUGAGAUCCCUGGUGACCGCAGCCACUGCGGCAACAACAACAGCACUGGCAACCACCAUAACAACAACGUCUCGCAAUGCCAAGGCAGCAACAACAACAACAACACUAGCCAUCACAGGGUCAAGCAACAAUUCGAACGAGAACAACUACAGCAAUGCCAGGGAUUUGUCGCAGGAGGCCUUGUGGCGCCUCCAAAUGGCCGCCGCCCAGUCGCAGCAGAUUUAUGUGGAGCGCCCGCCGUCGGCAUUCAGCGGCCUGGUCGACUACAGUGGCUACUCGCCGCACAUCCCGACGGUGACCAGUUCGCUCAGCCAGCAGAGCUUCAGUCCCACGCAGCAGCUGGCGCCCCACGAAAUGCUGCAGGCCGCCCAGCGGUACGGAACCCUGCGGAAGUCCGGAAAACAGCCGCCUCUUCCGCCCCAGAGGAAGGACCUGCCACAGCAGGCGAAGCCGCAACAGCAAAUGGCGGAUAUAAUACAGGAUUUGGCAAAUUAAACUAAUUGCCAGUUAAGAGCAGCAACCCGCAACAAAACGGCAACAAAAUACAUUUUGACAUAAGCAUUUAAGUAAGUAAAUAGCAAAAAAAUAAACACAUAAAAAAUUUAAAUUUCUAGCUGUUUAAGUGGCGUAAAAAUUGCUGGCAAUGCAAACGUAAAAAGCAAAUUAAGAGAAAGCUUGCCUAUUUCGACCAAAACCAAAAAAAAUGCUGUAAAUGUGAAAAAUCUACAGAAAUACCAAAAAUAAGAAAUAAGUAAAAAUACAAGUAUUUUAGGAAAUACCCAAAGAUAUAGAAAACAAAAAUAAAAUUCUCAAGCUCUUUAUUUUGUUAUUACUCGUACAAAAAAAAAAGCUGUAGGGAUAUGAAAAAAAUGGUGACUAUUUUAAUGAAGAAAUUUACCGAUUUAGUUUUCUGAAGAUAAAUAUUAUAAUUAUUUAUUUAAAAUCAGCUUUUAGUCCUGGGCAUUGAUGCAUAUUCUUGUUUUCUUUAUUUAUAAAUACAUAAUAAAUUAAAUAACGUGUUAGUUUGUCGAUGUUUUGCCAUCUUUAUUUUAGGUUCUUUCGGCGCACUUCGACUUUUGAAAUUGGCUUUAAAACCAUUAUUUGUAAAAGUCGUUUCAAAAAUAUUACAUAAUUUCGUAAAAAAUUUUAAUAUAAUUUCCAAAGCCACCACCGCAUAUUUUAUUUAUAUUUAAAUAAUAGCGAAUUCCAUAUUUUGUCGAUCGUGUGGCCAAAAUAUUGAGGUCCAUGGUGACAAACUGCAAAAAUACCGCCAUGUUAUUCUGGUCAAAUCAUUGUUAAACCGACAGCCAAACACAAAAGCCACCUUUUGAGGUUUCUAUUGCCUUUUUUAGGGCCGUUCUGCUGAAUAUGGAAAUUGUGUUCGUUUAAAUCAAAUAAAAGAGACAAAAUGUUCAUUUAAUUGCUUUUCCACCCGGCCAGGUCAAAAUAAACCAAUGGCCAAUAAAAAUCAAACUUCGACACAAUGCGAAAAAAGGGGAAAGGUUGGCAAAAGUUUUCGACUCCUCAUUAGCUUUUGUCUCCAUUGGGGCAUUAAAUUGGAACGAAUAUUUGUUUGCUCAACUCGACUAAUUGCGCUGCUAAUUUCAAUUGUUCGCAUUGUCGGCGGGCAAUAAUAAUGCAAAAAUUGUAAUUACAAAUUAACAAUUGGUCGUCUGGGUCCCUCGGUGACCCAAAAUUAGAUUGUGUAAAUUUGCAAAUUAAUUUGCCAUUGCACAAAGCCCCCGGUGCAACUCAGUUCGGCAAAAUCAGAGCACAAAAUAUCAAUUUAUUUACUGUGCCAUCUGUAAAUAGUAGACACGGACACUGAGUCAUUUAAUUGCAACUGCAACCAACUUUUAAACUAAGCGCUGCCAGUCAAAAGUCCAAGUGAGUUGCAUUUACAUUUAAACUAGAUAAAAAAAUAUUUACACAGCGACAUACAAAACCGCAAAAUAUGGAAAUUACAAUAGAAAAACUAUCUUUUAGCAUAAAGAGAGCAAAUCUUUCAAAUAAAAUCAUAAUAGCCGGAAAAGAGAAUAAUCAACAGACAGCAAAACGAAUUCAAUUUAAAUGUUAAGCUGCGGGGAGUUUCAGAAUGCUUUUGUUUUAUGAACCAAAAUUGAGUGAAAAGUUCAUUACAGAUACUUUUUCGGUUGUUAUUUACUUUUCGCCUUCAUUCGUGAAAAGUGAUUACCGAAAAAUCAUCAGCCAAACUUUUACAAAACUUUCACCCGACUUGAGGGUGGAAUACGGUUAUUAUAAAUAUUGAUUCGGCUGCCCUUCUUUUUUGCACUCCGAAAGUAAUAAAAUUUAUUAAAUUUGUAGCCAUCAAAACGGGUUGUAAAACAUUUAGUUGUACAGAUUUUUCGCUUGUUUCCCAAUUUAAAACCAAACCUUUUAGCACUCAGUGAUAUAGUAAAAAACAAAGCAAAACACAGAAUAUUUAAUUGCACAUAGAGGGGGAAAUAUCUUUAAUCCAAUACUUGUUCAGCUCCGUUAUGAAAUAUUCAAGUAAUAAAUCCACAUAAUUGAAGCAUUUAUUUUGGUGUUAGGCAAACAAAAAAAGAGUAAUGUAAAAGAGAAAAGCAUCAGUAUUUUUUGGGAAUGUUUGCGCAACAAAUUAUGCAUGGAAAUAAAGUUAAGUAAAUUAACUUAAAUGUUUCAAUGAAAGUUGCGCAUGCAUAGACCUCUCCUAGCAAUGGAAACCAAUUAAAUGGAUAAUUAAAUUUUAAGAAUAUUGUACAUACUUAAACAGAGUAAACCAAAGAUAUAGAUAUUCUAUGUAAACAGUUUAAUUCGAAAUAAAUAUGUUAAAAUAUGGUCAAUAAUAUUAAAAAAGAGUAGCUAAUAAGAACUCCAUUUUUGAGUGUGUUUGUGUGGCUCUGAGUAAAACACAUUACAUUUUCACUUUAAAAGAAAUCAUUUCUGGUUUUACUUAAAAGUAUGUAUUAUAUAAAUUAAAUUUAGAAUUAGUUUAUAUUUUCAGUUUAGUCCCCAAACAAACUCAGACCGCAAAAGCAUUUUUCCAUUAUCCACCUAGAUAUAAACCAAAAUGUACUUGUAAUCCAAAACCAAAAGAGAUCAAAAUAGUCGAUAAACCUUAGUCUAAGUCUGAAUCUUAGUUAAACUGUCCAUUUUGUCAAUGUGCGUUUUAUUGUUUCCACUUAAACUAAAUGUAAACUAUUAAAAACUGUUCUCCAAAUGAAAACUGAGACAACGGAAAUGUUCACGCCAGGCGAUUGUAACAUUUUACUGUCAUUUUUAUUGCAAAACCAAACAAGAAUUAAACUAAUUUUAAAUGUAAACCUAGACCGUAAUGAUAUACGAUAUUAUACAAUGUAAA